AUGAAUUCUGAAAACACACAAACCAACAUUGCAUCGCGAGAUGCCAUCGAAGAGAAAAUUCGUAGUUACCUGGAUACAUAUCCAACAGCGCUACAAGAGCUGAACAAGUUCCUGGAGUACCGACGAGAGAGCGAGACUCCACAAGUUUCGAUACCCCUGGUAGAGCUCGAGACAAGAUUGGAACUGAUAAACGACAUCGUCAAAAAGCAACGAGAGGUUCGAAAGACUGGGGACUGGAUGCUCAACAAGAUCCAGUUCAGCUACCUACUACGUAUGAGAGUAAGCGACCUUAGGGAACUCUCUGCGGUUGCUUGGCCCGCCAAACUUGUGCUUGAUGAGCAAGGUAAAGUAACAAGACAAUUCCUCCAGAAGGGGCAAUUCGUACCAACGGCUACCGCGGGCAAAGGUAAGGCCAACGACAACGAGAGCCUUACGAACCAGAGCGGUACCAGCCUUAAAAGGGGGUUCGAAGAAAUGAACCCGAUCGGCCGAAACCGCGAAACGAUCAAAGGUUGCUUGGAACUUGACGAGCACACUUGUGUUAUUACAGGUCUUCAAAAUCCAAUGGUUGCUCACAUAAUUCCAUUUGCUUGGAAUAGCACGGAUGAUAACCGGGCCGCCACCGAGACGCUGAGACACGCCCUGUUGUAUAUGUUGUGCGAUCCAAAGAACGGUGACCCCGAAGAACAAUUCAAAAAGUUCUAUGAGACGAAGGGCGCAUCCGACAAGACAUGGAACGUCAUUUCCCUUUGCCAUGACUUACAUUCACUUUGGGGAUACGGGAUCUGGGCUCUAAAGUGGCAAGGUUCCAUUGAGCUGGAAAAUAAUCCAUCAAGAUCUCGCAUAACUCUUCAGUUUCACUGGAUGCCGCGAAACAUCAAGAUGGACGAUAGCAAUUACUCCCCUCUUCAAACAUUAGUGCCCGAGGAAAUUACAGUCGAUGGAGUCAACGCCCUCCGGGAUGAGCUUAAGCACAGUUAUGGCGGGGAGCAACACUCUUGCCCUGAUGGAAAUUGCAAGACAUGCCUUGAAGUAGCCAAGAUUGGUGCCCGAGACUGCAGAUCUGGACAGCCAAUCAAGACAGGGGAUAUUUUUACUAUCAUCCGCCCUACUGAAGACGUUGACAAGUGCAAGGAGGCGUUUGAUCUACAGUGGGCUAUCAUUAAUGCCGCUGCAAUUUCGGGAUGCGAUUUAAUCCUGAAUGAUGACUAUGAAUCGGAUGGGAAAAUCGAGCCGCCCCCUGCCGAACGAGGUGAUCCUGAUGAAAUUGAAUUCGAUUUGGAAACUGAUUACCAGUAUCGAAUAGAGGAUUGGGUGAUGGGGGAGGAUCAGGACUAG